AUGGACUUAAUAGACACGUUAAUAUUUAUCUUAAUAUUGUUAGUCAUUUCGAUUGUCGGCAUAUUUUACAGUAGGCGAAUACAGACCAGGAAUAGCCAGGAUGCACUAAUUGGCUCAAAGUAAGUGCUAUUCAGUUUUGGUUUUUAAAAAAAUUCAUGGUAUUAUAUAAGGUACUAUCUUGUGACUAAAUCUAAUAGUACUAGUAUCUUAGUGCCGCAUAGUAUAAGUAUGUUUGUACAGCACAGUAUUGGUAUCUUGGUACUAAAUAGCACUAGCGUUUUUGGUAUAGUGUAGUACUAGUAUUUUGGUACAUUAUAGUACUAGGAGCACUAGUGCUUUGAUACUGAGUAGUACUUAAUCAAUAAUGCAAUUUGAAAUUUAAGAAUGACAUUUCAGUGUAUCAGUACUAUCAAUAGCACUAUCAGUAUGCUCAAGUUUUCUUUCAGCCGUUUCUUUGCUUGGAUUUCCAGCUGAGGUAAGUUUUGAAAUGGCAUUUUUUUAAUCUUUUUACAUAAGUAAUUUGUAAAGAAAGUUCUUGUCAUUUUUUGUUUUGUAAAAAAAGUUCUUGCCAUUUUUCAGUUUUUAAAGAAAGUUCUUGCUAUUUUGUAAAGAAAGUUUUUGCAAUUUCUUUCAAAUUUUUAAUUUUAGGUAUACUACCGAGGCUCAACUCCAAUAUGGUUUUGUGCUGUUUACCUUAUCGCCUUCCCCAUCGUAGCCUACGUCUUCUUGCCAGUAUUCUACUACCUCCGGCUGAGCAGUAUCUACGAGUACCUGGAACGACGAUUCUGCUUUGCAUCUCGUAUUUUAGCCUCAUCCACAUUCAUUUUCCAAACCGUAUUCUACUUGGCCGUCGCUCUAUAUGCACCAUCAUUGGCAUUGGCACAGGCUUUGAACUUUCCAAUCUUUGUCAGCAUCUUAAUCACUAGUACUAUCUCGGCUGUUUAUCUACUAUUGGUAAGUACUAGCCCAGAGCCCUAGCCCAGAGCCCUAGCCCAGAGCCCUAGCCCAGAGCCCUAGCCCAGAGCCCUAGCCCAGAGCCCUAGCCCAGAGCCCUAGCCUUCACGCUAGCUUGAGCCUAGCCCAGCCCAGCGUAUUCAACCUAAGACCAACCCAGCCCAGCCCAGCUCAGCCCAGCCCAAUCCAACCCAGCAUAAUCCAACUUAGCCACUCUGCCCUACUUUACCCUAGGCGAAUUUUCUCUGCCCUAUGUGGCCUUAUCCUACCUUUCCUCAUCUUGUUUUACCUUACUUGACGCUAUCUUACUGUAGCGUAUCCUAAUCAGCCUUACUCUGCCUGCUCUAAUCCUGUCCUAGCCUACCUUGCUCUUUUAUAAGCUUUAGUUUUUUCUUUAGCUUGAAACCCUGUCUACAAACUAGUGUACUAUUAUGAUUUAUUUUACCAUGCCCAAAAUAUUUUUUAAUUUCAAUUUUGUUCCAGGGAGGCGCCAGAGGAGGUAUCUACACAUCAGCCCUUCAAAUGGCUCUGAUCUUAAUCUCAUUAUUCACCAUUUGUUGUGCCAUUUUGCUUGAAUUCAAACCGGUCGAGAUUUACAACCGGUCGAAGAACGCGUUGCGAUUCGAAUCGACCGAUACUCGACUAAGUCCUCAAGUUCGACAUUCGGUUUUGGCAUUCUUGAUCGGCGGAAGUGGCAAUAUUUUCAGUUUAUUCGCGGUAAAUCAGCUGACAUUACAGAGAUAUAUGGUCAUGCCUACGUUACGACAGGCUCAAAAGUAAGGUUUUGGCUUGAAAAUAUAUUUUUAAGGCUUGAAAUUAGGAUUUUGGGUUUUAAAAGAGGUUUAAAAGGGCUAGAAGUAAGGUUUUAGGCUUAAAACGAAGCUUUAGAAUUAAGACCUUAGGCUUAAAUUAGGUUCGAAAUUAUCAAAAUAAAGUUUUUAGGCUUAAAUAUAGACUUAAAAUGGCAUUUAUGAAACCUUAAAAACAAAAUUUUUGCCUUUUUUGGCUUUUUGCUCAAUUUAAAAAGUGGAAUUUUGGUGGAAGAUUUUCAGUGCAAAAUACAUUACAAACCUUCCACUCAACUUCCACUUUUAAAAAAGUGCCAAAAAUGCAUUUUUGUGCCAUUUUUAAGCUUUUUCUAAAAAAUGGAAGUUUGGUGGAUGAUUUUUAGUGCAAAAUACAUUACAAAUCUUCCACUCAACUUCCACUCUCAAAACGAUUUUUUCAAGCUUUGUAAAGAAAAUUUUUGUUAUUUACAGUUUUUUUAUGAGAAAAACUGUCCUAUAGUACGUUUAUUAAUUAGUACGUCUAUGACAUUCUUUUUCAGGGUAGUACUACUAAACAUACCAAUGAACGCCCUAAUGGCCGUGAUGUAUACCUUUAUGGGUUUGGCCAUGUACGCUGUAUAUUACAAUUGCCAUCCAAGCGUGGCCGCUCCAGACCAAAUGUUACCGUAUUUCGUGGAAAAUCAUUUAAAUUGGCUCAUCGGCCUUGAGGGCAUAUUUGUCGCGGCAGUUUAUAGUGCUGGGAUCAGCACUUUAACAGCAUCGUACAAUGCGUUGACGGCGGUAGUGCUUGAGGAUAUUGUGAAGACGAUUUGGCCAAAGGUUGGGAAGACAGCGUCGAUAAACAAUGAGACUCAUAUUAAACUGAUUAGGAUCAUGCGUAAGUUUAAGUUCCAUCCCUUAGGCAUAUAGUUUUAAGGUUGUGAUAGGUAUUACCGUUAUGUAAAGGUUAAAGGAAGGGUUACAAUACUGGUCAUGUCAUAAUAAUUGUAAGGAUAGGGUAGAAAAAGCGGCGAUGUUAACAUAAAAAAAACGUAGGGUAGGGUAGGGCAGGGCAGGGCAGGGUAGGGUAGGGUAGGGUAGGGUAGGGUAGGGUAGGGUAGGGUAGGGUAGGGUAGGGUAGGGUAGGGUAGGGUAGGGUAGGGUAGGGUAGGGUAGGGUAGGGUAGGGUAGGGUAGGGUAGGGUAGGGUAGGGUAGGGUAGGGUAGGGUAGGGUAGGGUAGGGUAGGGUAGGGUAGUCGAAGGUAGGGUAGGGUAAAAUACGAACAAAUGAAACUUGUUUAUUUUAGCAUUUGUGUUUGCAUCAGUGGCAACACUACUAGCUAUGGCUGUGAAAUCACUUGACACAAUGAUAUUACAGGUAAGAACUUUCUUUACAAAACAAAAAAUUGCAAGAACUUUCUUUACAAAACAUAAAAUGGUAAGAACUUUCUUUAUGUACAAAACAAAAAUAAACAAAAAAUCGAUAAAAAAUGUCAUUUUCAGAUAGCCUUCUCAAUAUUCGGAGCAGCAGGAGGUGCAGUUUUGGCCGUCUUCGUACUAGGUCUAUUUUGCCCUAAAGUCACCAAUCCUUAUGCAGCAUUGACAGCUCAAAUCUGUACUCUAUUUGUGUCUGGCUGGGUAGCUGUUGGCUCUUUAGUAUUCAAGGUUGUGCCAGUUAACCUACCCUUGAGCGAUCAAUGUAGGAACUCAAGCAGUCCAGUAGAGUUUGAGUGGAGCGAGAGAUAUGGUACUGUUACGGCAAACAAUGAGUAAGUUGCACUACAGUAAACUACAGUACCCUACCCUACCCUACUUUGCCUUACCUUGCCUUACCAUACCUUAUGCUGUUCUACUUGUCCUAUAUUUUCUUACCAUACCCUACCGUAAUCUACCGUACCCAUUAUCUUACUAUAUAAUAAUGAAAAAUACAGUAACGAAGUCUUAAAAACCCCUGUUGUUUACCACAAAAGAAAUUUUUACAUUUUCAGUUCCGGAAUAUGGCUUCAGAUGUCAAAAAUAUCGUACCAAUACUACUGUGUAGUAGCUAUUGUUGUUUGCAUUGUUGUAGCUCACAUUAUGCAAUUCAUCUUGGACUUAAUAUACAGUAAGUAUUGUAAAGAAAGUUACUGCCAUUUUUUGUUUUGUAAAAGUUUUUGCCAUUUUUAGUUCUGUAAAGAAAGUUCUUGCAAUUUUUUGUUGUAAAGAAAGUUCUUGCCAUUUUUUGUUUUGUAAAGAAAUUUCUUGCCAUUUUUUGUUUUGUAAAGAAAGUUCUUGCUAUAAGAAGCCAUUAAUUAUAUUUUUCCUUUCAGAACCACCCCCAGUUGAACUGAACCGUAAUCUACUAGCCUUUGCCCCUCGGGUUAAGCCUCCAAACAUCAUAAUCGAAGCCCCAGAAUCGCAAUGUUUGAGCAAACAUUGUAGUGUCAACGAAGAAGAGUAA